AUGUAUGGUGAUGACCCUAUAGUAUUAACUGAUCUUAAAAGUGAACUGGACUAUGUAAAGAAUCUCAUGGAGAGACAUGCAAUAGCAGAACCAACUUUUACCGAAGGAAAUGAUGGUACAGUGAACAUUUCAGGUCCAUCAGGAAGCACAACCGUCCCGGAAGUCAACUUCGUGGAAGACCCAAACAAUGUACUUUCAGAUGUGCUAGAUGCAUUCAACGAAUCAUUUGACGCUGACUGGGAUGAAAUAGAAGCCCGCCUAGAGAAACUGAAAAAGUUCUCAGAAGACCAGCUCACAGCAAGUAAAAAGAGAGAUUUCGAAAACCAGGUAGAGCGUGUUCAAGCUGUUACAAGAGUUAUCAAGGGUAAGGAGGGAUUAAUACUAGACCCUAAGAAUAAAUAUGUCAGGGAACUCAUAAAACGAUCAUCUGUAAGAACACUCAAGGAUGGCACAGAGGUGUUGGUAUUUAGAAGUGAACAAGGUAUUGACAAAAGUGGCACACAAAUAAUGAAACGUGGUAAGACCAAUAUUCCUGUGUACUCAAAGGACUCACCUGCUCUUAGAGAAUAUAAGGACCUUCUAAAGAAAAUAAAAGAGGUACCUACGAAUCCUGACAAUAUAAUUGGAAGUGAUGAAUCAAUUUAUGAGGAUACUAAAGAAGAGCCGCAAUUUGAUGAAAGUAGUGAGAAAUACGCUGACCGUGAGAACAUUGAGUUAAUAGACAUAAGUGCAAAACUAGGAGAUCUUCCAGGGCUAACAAUGCAAGAAAACAAUGAACUGAGAGGAGUUCUUAACCCACCUGACGAAUCAAGCAUAGAAGGCAGAACAGGUCCCAGUGGAGCGUUACAAGUCCAGGCUGACUACUUUAAUGAAGCUAUUGGUGAAACCGUGGAACGUGCCACCUCUGCGGAAGGUACAACUGAGUAUAAUACUCUUAUAGAAAGAAUUGACAGUUUGAAGGAAACCAGGGAUAGGACACUAGAACAGAGAACUGUAGAGGAAGCAAGAGAGGCACAGUUGGAAGACAUUUCUAGAUUACGUAAGUUUAUAGACUGGGUAGGAAAGGAAAAGGUGGGACUUGUAGGGAUAGCAGUGUCAACAGCUAGUUUAAUUACAGCCUUAUUAAUCCAUGUUAGGGGAGCCAUUGUGAAGACAGCAAAGGUCACUGGUAAAGUAGCAAAAGCAUUAGCAAAUUUAGCAAAGAAAGCAGGACCAAUUCUAGUUCCAAUCCUGAACACCAUUGCAACGACGCUAUCAUGGGGAGCCAAAGGAAUUGCCUGGUUAGCAUCACACUUAUGGGUACUAGCUAUAGCUGCAGCCUUAAUGGUAUACAACUAUUACACAAAGUAAAUUAGCUAUGGAGGAACACCAAGAGGAAUACGAUGACCAGAAAAUGGAGGAGCUGAAGGAAAAGUAUCCGAGCUAUGAAGAAAUGAAUAUAGAAACUUUAGAUAGCGAAUUACCGUACCUUGACAAGGAUCUUAGGGAAAGCGAAACUACUGAGGAGACCCAGGAUAUUAACGAGGAAAUUAAUUACGUACGGGAACUGAGGAGGAGAAAAAUAUUGGAAGCAAGAAAGGUGGAGACCUUACUAGAGAGCAAUUAG